AUGACUACAGUCCCACUGAUCAUCAACGGCCACGAGGAGGUCUCCCCCUCCACUUUCGACGUGAUCAGCCCCUACACCAACCAGCCCUGCUGGUCCGCCUCCUCUGCCACCCCGCAAGACGCCAUUCGCGCCGUCGAGGCCGCAGACGCCGCGUUCCCCGCCUGGUCGACCACCAAGCCGGCUGCGCGUCGUGAUCUGCUCUUCAAGGCGGCGGAUUUGCUGGAGCAGCGACUCGAGCAGAAUGCCGAGUACAUGCGGACCGAGAUGGGGGCGGAUGUCGCCGCGUCGCAGAUGUUUGUAGUUCCCCUCGCCAUUCGCAUGCUGCGCGAGGUGGCCAGCCGCAUUACUUCGAUCUGUGGAAGUGUGCCGGUUGUUGAGGCGGAGGGUCAGAGUGCCAUUGUGUUUAAGGAGCCUAUGGGUGUUAUUUUGGGCAUUGUGCCGUGGAACGCUCCCUACGUCUUCGGCAUCCGUUCCGCCGCCUGCGCCCUCGCAGCCGGCAACACCACCAUCCUGAAAUCCUCCGAACUGACCCCACGCUGCUACUGGGCCAUCGGCCGCGCCUUCGAAGACGCCGGUCUCCCCGCCGGCUGUCUGAACGUCCUGCAUUGCCGUCCCACCGACGCUGCCGAGGUCGUCAAUGCCAUGAUCGAGCACCCAGCCGUCCGCAAGAUCAACUUCACCGGCAGCACGGCUGUCGGCCGGAAGAUUGCGCGGUCCUGCGGCCAGAAUCUGAAGCCUUGUCUUAUGGAGCUGGGUGGUAAGAAUAGCUCGAUUGUCUGUGGUGAUGCGGACUUGAACACUGCAGUGCAGGGCGUUUUGGCGGGUGCCUUUUUGAAUUCCGGCCAAAUUUGCAUGGCGACUGACCGCAUCCUCGUUCACUCGUCCAUUGCACCUACCUUCAUCGAGGCUUUGAAGAAGGCUCUCGCCGCCGGUGCCGAUGCCUCUGCGCUGCCACCCACGCUCGUCAACACGGCUUCCAAGACUCGCGUCGAGGCCCUCGUUGCUAGUGCUGUCUCGGCUGGCGCCCAUUUCAUCUCCGGCUCGGUGGAUGCCAAGCUCCCCGCGGACGCGGGCGUGCGCAUGGCGCCCGUCAUCAUGGGCGGUGUGAAGGAGGAGAUGGCCGUGUGGCAAGAGGAGGCGUUUGCGUCCGUCGCUGCGUGCAUGACCUUUGACACUGAAGAGGAGGCAAUUCGACUGGCGAAUGGCAGUGGAUAUGGAUUGUCUGCUUCGGUGUUUACUGAGGAUUUACGGAAAGGAUUGGCUAUGGCGAAGAAGAUUCAGUCUGGUGCCGUCCACAUCAACAGUAUGACCAUCCAUGACGAGCCGGUGCUGCCGCAUGGCGGUGUGAAGAACAGUGGUUGGGGUCGAUUCAAUGCCGAAGAGGGACUGAAUGAGUUCCUCUCGACCAAGUCUGUGACCUGGAUGGACUAG